AUGCCAUAUAUAUUUUAUGAAAUAAAGUUAGAACUUAAUAUUAUGAAUUAAAAAUAAUUUAAAGUUUAAUUUUCCAAUAGUUAAGAAAUACGAGAUAUUAGAGAAAGUGUAGUAUUUAAAAAUUCAUUAUUUCUUUAAAUGAUCGAUGAAUUAAAUCCUAAAGGAGAAACAAUUCAUUUAGAUGUGAAAGUUGAAGAUUUCGAUAAGAUAGGUGCGUUUAUUUUAACAUUGUUUGAUAAUUUAAAAUGCUAAUAAGAAAAUAAUGUUUUUAAUAACUUGGAAGAGUAAGAAUAGAUGCUAUGAAAUAGCUUAAGAAUUUAAGAAUUAUCUAAAGAUUUAUUCAAAGAUUUGGCAGAAAAAUAAAUCUUGUAAUUGCUCUCUGUUGCAGAAUAUUUAGAUAUUCCAGGUCUUAUAGUUGUGUUAACAACAUAAUUUAGCUCAUUAAUAAAAGGUAUUUGAUCUAAUUAUCCCUUAGAUCAUCCAACAACAUUUAUCAAUUAAAGUUUAUGA